GGUCCCAUUUCAUCACCCCAUUUUGGACAAGCCAUCACAAGCACUUCCGGGGGUCAAAGGCAGCAGGCCGUGUGCAGGCACAGCCCCUCCAUGCCCCCUGGGGAAGAAGCCCCUCGCUCUCCUCCAAAAAGCAGCCUGGAGGCAGCGGCUGCAGGCCCCACUGAUCUCCCCCUUCUCUUUCCAGAUGCCCGGCCCCUCGCUGGCUGCCUCCUGCUGACUCUGCUUUGCGUGUCCACCUCCACCCAAGCUCCAGCAGCAAAAACGAGGUCGCACAUCUCCUCCGCUCUCCAGCACAGGCCUUCCAUCGGGCAGAAGUUUCAUGUCCCCUGCAAGGGCUAUACCAUUUUCCCAGAGAGUGGCAUCAUGUACUGGCUAGCUAAUAGUACUUUUGUGGACAAGCUGUACCCGGAUGGAUCAGUGAAGGAAGAGGCCACCAUAGAGAAAGACCGAGAUCUGACCCGGGAGCUGAUCUUCAACUCCUUCAAGGAGCAGGACUUCCACACGAAAUUCGAGUGCAUCGUCCUUGAUCCCUCAGGCGUAGUUCGGAAGGUCAUCAAGUGGGACUAUCAGGAUGCAAAAGGGGGCGGAGGCCGAGCACCACGAGACUAGCGGGAGAGCGCAAGGGACAAGAGGCUACAGGACAGGAGUGGACGCAGGAGGACAGUCACUUUGGCUUCGCUGG